GCAGCCUCAACAGAGCAGACACAGGCAACUGGGAGACCAUAGCCAGCGGCUAGAACCGGGCAAGGCCCCCUCCACAGGGCCCGCACAAGGACAGCAAUGGGAUGCCCUCCCCUGUUUUCCAGGAUGGAUUCACUGCAGAGACAGGACCUGCGGAGGCCCAAGAUCCAUGGGGCAACCCGAGUUAGCACCCAGAACCUCGUCCCCUACCAGACACCCACCUUGGCCUACCUGCAGCGCCUGCUGUGGAUUCGAAGGGCUUCCUCAAUGAGCCACAUCAAUGAGGUCUGGCCCAACCUCUACCUGGGAGAUGGAUAUGCAGCCCGGGAUAAGAGCAAGCUGUGCCAGCUGGGCAUCACCCAUAUCGUGAAUGUGGCUGCCGGCAGGUUCCACGUUGACACAGGCACCAAGUUCUACCGAGGGAUGCCCGUGGAGUAUUAUGGGAUUGAGGCUGAUGACAAUCCCUUCUUUGACCUCAGCAUUUACUUCCUGCCUGCAGCAAGAUACAUAAGAGCUGCUCUCAGCAACCAAGGCCGAGUAUUUGUGCACUGUGCCAUGGGGGUCAGCCGAUCUGCCACACUUGUCCUGGCAUUCCUCAUGAUCUGUGAAAAUAUGACCCUGGUGGAGGCCAUUCAGACGGUGCAGGCCCACCGAGACAUUUGCCCCAACUCGGGUUUCCUCAGGCAGCUCCAGGUCCUGGACAGUCGGCUGGGGCGGGAGAUGGGGAGGCUCUGACUGGGAAGGUAGCUGGGAAGAGACUCCUCAGGGGUCUCCCUUUCCUACCUGCCUUGCAGAAGACUGGCAGCCCCCAUUGCUUACAAAUGGACCCUGAGAUGUAAAUAUCAAGUGUGGGGGUAUCAGGACGGCAGGGGCGGGAAAGGUUGAGAGUUGACGUUUAACAGGUAAAUUUGCUCAACUUGUUAAAAAAAAAAGAUUCUUUAUGCAUAGAAGAGUUUGGUCUCAAUCUAUAAUAAAGAAUUAAU